GUUGCAUCUUGGAUGAAACAAUAAUGUACUACUUGCGAAUGUUUGGGCAUUGAAGACGCAGAAUGGCAUAGCCUGUGAACAUGUGCGAUGAUUGCUGUGAUGGAUGGACACUGUUGUGGAGACGAAGACCUAGAGCUAUAACUGUUCAAGAUUGUCCAGACAUUCUGGUGAAUACUCCUGGGCACAAAGUGCAAGAGGCUUUCAGAGUGAGGAAACGCACAUUGGGCAAGGGUGGUUUUAGCACUGUGAAACUCCUCACAAAUCGAAAAACAGGAGCUGCAUGUGUGAUGAAAGAGAUUCGCAAGAGUUCCGUGUCCAACUUGAAGUUGCUGCAAGAGGAAGUAAAACUGCAGGCCUCGAUGGACCAUCCACAUAUUGCUCGACUGUUUGAAACUUUUGAAGAUGAACAAUUUAUCAAGAUCGUGAUGGAACACUGCGAGGGAGGUAAUGUUCUGCACUUGAUCAAGGGUGCUGGUGCUCUGCCUCAAAGUCAUGCUGCUCAUCUUUUUCGGCAGUUGAUUUGUGCCCUGAUCUACAUGCAUCAACAUUGCCAUGUAGUUCACCGCGACAUCAAGCCAGAGAAUUUGGUGCUGAAGGAGAAGGACAUGUCGGUGGACCAGGCAACUGUGAAACUUAUUGAUUUCGGCUUUGCCCGCGAAUUUAGUCAGAACAAUCAACUCAAAACUAUUUGUGGCACACCCAUCUACGUUGCACCCGAAGUAUUUUCAGGAAGCUAUACAGAGAAAUGCGACAUUUGGAGUAGUGGCGUCACACUUUAUUACAUGGUUUGUGGCCGGCCACCCUUCCAGGGGGACAGGGUUCAAGUGAUUCUCCGAGAAGCCCGAAAGGGCCUCCAAGGUUUGCUCGCAAGCUCGCUGAGCUCGAGCGAAGACCGAGAGGUCGAAGGUCUCGAGCCCGAGACAUCACAUGCCUUGAUCGAACUGGUGGAAGAGAUGUGUGAAUUACUGGAAGCUCGCCGACCUUCAGCCCAACAGGUGUUGGAGAGCCAAUGGUUGCGACUUUGCGCCAAAAGCAUUUCCCAUGCAGCCAGUUGUGCAUCGGAUGAGAUUGCAGCCAAUUUGCAAAACUUUUCGGAGAUGAAUCCUCUCAAAAAAGCGGCUUUGAACACCAUUGUCCAUGUGAUCGACGACUCUGAUAUUCAGCACUUGCGGGAAACCUUUGAAUGCCUGGAUACACGUGGUGAAGGCACGAUUCCACUCGACACUCUUCACACGACCAUCUCAAAGUCCACCCAUCGCCAGGAUGCGGACAGCAUUUGUCGAACCUUAGCGGGUGAAUUUAAAGAAAUGGACUAUAGCAAUUGGCUGUCGGCGAAUGUACAGCCUUCGCAAUAUUUAAAGGAGCAGUAUUGCUGGGAGGCCUUUCGCAUCCUUGACAAGGAUUCCAGUGGCAAGAUUUCGGUGCCCGAGCUCUGUCAAGUCUUGGCCAAACAUGGCUUACCGCACCUCGAUGAGACCCAUUGCGAACAUCUCCUCGCUGAGUUUGACAAGAAUGGUGAUGGCGAGAUUGAUUUUGAAGAGUUCCUUGACUUGUUGAAAGCCACUCCAGACAAGGAUACAUCCCCUGACAUUUCACCGGUGCAAUCGUUUCGCGUCAGGAGUGCGCAAUAGAAACAAAGCUGGCAGGGAGAUCGAUGCUGAAGGCCUCAAGGGCUUGUUGGCCGAUAUGAAUCCAGCUUGAAGUGAGACACAAGAAGGUGAGGUGACACAAGUUCAGCUCCUCAUCAAAUUUAAGACUGUGCCAAGAUCGUACAGGUGGCCACGUGCCUUGCAGCCUGCAUCGCCAAGCGACUCGCAUGGCUGCUCUCUCUUGCAGCAAGCAGAUCUUCAACAUCAGUCGCGUGCACAAUACAAGGUCAACACUUUUGGAGUGUAGUAGUGCAUACGUACACAGAGAAAUACAGUCAUGCCCGCCCAUACUUAUGCAGCAUGCUGCUUGCAGUGCCUCUAUGCAUCUCGAUGCGCUUUUGAGGUAGUACAUGCAGCAGGCGACUGAUGCUAUUCGUCAGUGUACCUGCUGCUGAGGCUGAGUGUGGACACGGAUGCACACAGCCAGC